UCGUGAACAAAAGGUAUUCCUGGCGGCAUUGUUGCGUUGCACUUCGAGAACGUUCUAAAGGAAAUGUCUGUCAAUAUCGACAUGGAGAAUUUCUCCGCGAAGAAGAAUUUGCGUCGACGUACUCUGAAUACGCUGAAAUCAGCGGUGACAGCGCUGAAACAAAUCGCCAAUUCGGAACUCGAGGAGUUGGGUGAGCAGCUGCCCCGGUACCGGCCGGACUCCAUCGCGGCUCUACGACGAGCCACGCGCUUCACCGAGCCGGAAUUGAAGAGACUAUAUCGAGGGUUCAAGGCGGAGUGUCCUACAGGCGUAGUGAAAGAAGACACUUUCAAGAUUAUCUACUCGCAGUUCUUCCCGCAAGGAGCGAACACCGCUCAGUAUGCGCACUAUGUUUUCAACACUCUCGACCAAGAUAGAAGUGGCUUGUUAAGUUUUGAGGAGUUCGUUACUGGCCUUUCAAUACUAUCGAGAGGGACACUGGAAGAGAAGCUUCGUUGGACGUUCUCUUUGUACGAUAUAAACGGCGACGGGUGCGUUACAAAAGAAGAGAUGACUGAGAUUGUUGGCGCCAUCUAUGAUCUGAUGGGGAAGAUUGUGGAACCGAUGGUCGAUGAUGACGUCGUAAGGGAUAAGGUGGAAAGGCUAUUUCAGAAAAUGGAUCUUAACCGAGAUGGAGUCCUCACGCUGGACGAAUUCCUGGACUGCUGCAUCCGAGACGAAGAGAUCUCCAGGUCCAUGGGCGUGUUCGACAGCAACUUCUGACGGCCUGUUGAAGUGCGCGCCCUUCUGCGCCGCACACCUCCACCUAACGCACGGAACGUAGACGAAAAAAUGACGUCACAGAUUUCCACAUUAAAAAAUUGAAUCCUAGUGCGCUGAUUGGUUAGUUUGAAAGACGCGUGUGUUCAUAAUUUCCUAUAGCUUCAUUGGUGAGCAUUGAUCAUAUGAACUCUAUGCCUACCUUUUUUGCUAUUUGGGUCUUCGAAUGCGUGACCCUAAAAGUGCGCGCACGGUGAAGGAGUCAUAUUAUUAUUAUGCAUAGGUACAUGAUAAGAAUUUUGCAUGAUUCGUUGCAUUGCAAUAGUGUGCAUCCAGGUGACUUAUUCGUAUUUCUCAUCAUUGGGUUGAUAAAUUUAGAGGUGCCUAAUGCAUAUUAUGCGGUGCCUCUUAAUCGUACCAUGCGUUAAGAAUAAAAAAUUUUAAGUCGUCACAUUUGUAUAAAUAGUUGUUAGCGCUUUAUUAUUUUUACUUGAAGAAACAGACCAAGUCUUAGAAUGCGAGUGUGAAUUGGAUAUAAUGUCGUUAUACGCAUAAUAAACGAUGUAAAUCAGAAUGUAUAACAAUCAAGUGAUGUAAGAAUUUGGUGAAAAUGGGUUUUUGUGAGAUGCGGGUAGAUGAGUGAAGAACGAGUAAAAAAAUACUUUCGUCAGGCUAAUUUGCCUUUUCACUAGACAGACAUUGUAUUUAAAUGAGUAGUUCCCAAAUCGUGUUCUGGAUAUAGGAAGCUGUACCACAUUUGUAUACAACCAAAAUGAUGCAGUUAAAAAUUGCUGAACGCCUCUGGUGUUGCCGGAUAAACUUAGGAACGUGUCGAUAUCGUCGUUUUAGCUACUAAUCGUCGAACAGUUAGUCACACAGUUAAAAAAUGGUUAGGUUGCGAGAUGAAUUCUGAAUAAUACCUUCAUUAUAAAGGUCAGAGACGGCCAUUAUACUCUGGUAAACUAGAAAUAUGAAAUGCUUACUUGAAAGAUCCUUUCUAAUUGUAAUAGAUAGAGUAUAAAUGAGGUGUUUUUCUAUUGGACGUUAGCUUUGAUUAGGUGUUUUAUAUAUUUUUUUGCCCGUAGACAUGAAUAGACGAGUAGAUAGGUAGAUAUAAAAUUUUUGCCUUACAGUCUGGGCGCAAAAUACUUAUGGCUGAGAUAGUUCUUGUCUGUUCUUGUCAAGCUGAUAGCUUCGGUUUCAAUCUAGUUCUACUUUAGGGAGUAAUCAAUAUCAAUACUUAGAUCGAUCUUUAAAAUUCUUUGCAUGUUUCCUCCUCAUCUCAGUAAAAAGUAGCUUCUUAAUAGUAGAUACACCGUACAGAGAAAAUCUAAUAUCUUGAAUCACUUUGAUUGGUACCAAGGUUUUUUAAAAUAAUUCUAAAUUUAAAAGUCAAUAAUUAAAUAACCUUUGUAUUUAUGUAGGUACCUACUCUAUUUACUCGUAUGUGUCUGAUCUAAACAUUAUUAAUUUAAAUGUUUUUAAUUGAUAUUAUUAUUAAAAUUAUAACUUAAACAAAAACUGAUACAGAUAUGUACCUAUUUAAUAUGAUAUAUGUGCAUAUAGGAAGGUAUACAUCGUAUUCUAGUGUGGAAUAUAAAUAAAAAUACUUACUUAAAUUGUAAUACUAUCGUAUCUGUCGCUUUAUCUCUCUUCAAUUCUUUUCGAAUCCUUCAUAGCUUUCCCUGUUUUAAAUUGUUCCGGCCAUUUUUUAUAGAAUGUUUAGAAUAAAAUAUUUAUUAAAGACGUUCAUAGUGUACCUACGGUAGGGUUUGUAUUAUAUGAAAUGUAUUAUCUGAAUCAACCUUUAUGUUCUCAUUUGAAAAAUUGUUUUUUAACGUAUUCUAGACGCAAAUAUUAUUACAGUCCAGCACUACUUAGAUGGCCUAACACGGUUGAUGAUCAUCAGUACAGUUUAAAAUAGAAGAAACACUGCCAUAAAUUUACAUCAUUAAAUCAUCAAAGGUUCUACCUACAUAGGUACUAGGUACAUUAAAAAGAUUCUGGAAAAUCAAAAAUUUUUUUUUUCGUCGUGAUGACAAUAAUAAAAAUAUAAAAGUUAUUUUUGAAAAGAAUUCCACAUAACUAUGUAUAUGUAUAUUAAGUUCCAACUGAGAAUAUUUUUCUAUUUAAAAUGUUUUCGUUUUUAUCAAACUUGCGUAGUUACAUGUCUUUAUUUUUAGAAAUUUAAAAUCACACGUCAAUAUAAACUUGUAGGCAUCUAUUUUCUAAGAUAUUAUCAUAAAUGUGUAAAUAAUAUUGUAUAUAAUUAAAUUAUGAAAUAGAAUUAAAUGUGUAUAUUUUCAUAGUGAAUGUUAAAUGGAACCAAAUAAGUAGAUGGCGUACUAAAAAUCUUUAGAAAUAAUUUGUUGAAAGUCACGAUAAUAUAUAAAUAUAUAUUAUGAAGUGAAUUGUGAUGUUAAACAAAAAAAUAAACGCACUUCAUGAUUUGAAUAAUAUUUUUUUUACAGUUUCAAACUAAUCAAUGUUUUUGUCACACAGUAAGCAUCAUUAUUGGUCGAGCUUAAAUAGUUAAGUAAUUUAUGUGUCUUCCUGAACAGAAAACCUCUCAAAAUAUUAUUCGUUGUAGCAAAUUUCAGAGUUUAAAAAAAUAUGGGGUUGUUCACGCAGAGAAAACCUAAGUAUUUGAAGCAAAUAAUAAGUAUGUUCAGUCAACCUUUCCAAAUUCACUACAAAUGUAUGCAUAGUACAUGUUAUGUGUAUAAUUGUGAGGUUAACCGAUAAGAAAAGAGAAAAUAUAAGACGACUGCAGUCGCUGCACUUCCUUUCGGGACUUGCUUCCAGAUUUCUGCUUUGUCCCUCUACUUCCAUUAUGCCUGAAUGACCAAAGUAUAAUUCGUAACUUCUAUAAAUUGCCUGAAUGACCAUUCGUCAUAAUAAUGCCAAUAUCACAAUAGAAAUCUGAUCCUCUAAUAAUUUUUCACGUUUCUGUAGUCCCAUGCUAAUAUUUAAUUGAAAUAUUAUGAAAUUUUUCAUCAUAUUGAAUUUUACCAAUCCUGAUACUAUCAACUUUCACGCAUUAUUUAUCCCCAAUGCACAAUCCUCAACAAGAAAAAAUACCAGACAGGAAAAUAAGGGAUUUAAUAGGUAUCCAUUACUUAUAAGAUAUUUGGAUACCAUUAAGCCUAGUAACCAUAAAAUGAAAGUCUUAUGAAAUGAAAAUAAAAAAGAAAAGUUGAAAAUUCAAGGUAUUUUAUAUUAUUAUCUAUUGUAAUAAUAUAUUAUAUAGGUAGGGAACCUAUAGAAUUUUAAUCUAGAUUUUCUUAAUUUUGAGGUCUUAAUAUUGUUAAAUAUAAUAUAUUGAAAUGUUAGAAUUCAUUUAAAAUGAAUCAAUUUGUACAGCCAGAGUAAUAAAAUGUGUCCUAGUGCCAAAAUAUUUAAAAUUAUGAACAUUUAUGCUGCUUUUGUAUUUAGUAUCCAAAAUUGUAAAAUAUAGGUAUCGUGAUUCCCUAACAAAUACCUAUCGCCGUUUUAUGUUAUAUGAUAAAUUGCAUCGAUGUGUAUUGUUGUAUGAAAUCAUUCAGUGUAAUAAUAGGCCUAUUAGGAGAAUAAAUGAACAAAUAUCGAUUUUUCUUAAAGUUCUAGUCUAAAGUCUACAGGUAUUUGAUGUUAGUUAUUUUAGCGUAGUACUGUUUCGUCCUAUAGGGCAGGACAUCAAUGUCAUGAAUGUGAUUUCAUAACCGCAGCUAAAAAAUUGCAAAAGUUGUGCCCGUUAUUAAAUUUUCAGUGUUUGAUAUCAGUGGGACUAUUCAGGAACGUUGUUAAGAGAAAAGCUUCCAUAAGUUUGCAUCAUAGUCAAGGAUCUUCGAUAUAAAAAUAAUCGUGUUACCCACUAGUCGCUAGCCCCUAUACUAUACCAAGCAAAACUCAGGGUAGCCAGUAACCAUACAGAACAGAACAUUUAUCUGAGAAAAGUAUCAAUAAAUAUAAUAAGUUAAUCUUUAACAAUAUUUGACGCUAGGUGGGCGAACUAAAAUGAGUUGGAAAAUAUAUUAUUUCUUUCCCCUACUUUUCUUUUUUGUUCAUGUUGCGUAGGCGCUUAUGUUUUGUUCUGGAGAUAAUCUUAUUACAUAUCAAUUAUCUAUCAGUCAUUGUUAUAAUCAUCUCCAAUUUAUUCAAAUCUGUAGUAUUUAUCCCAUUGUUAAAUAAUUUCCCAAUUUUAUUGUGCACAUUAAUUUUCUUAUCUAUCUAAACUAAAAUAAUAAUUGUGUGUACUGUUGGUACCAAUGUCGGUACUCGUGCAUGAAAUGUAUGGGUGUUCAUGAUCAUUAUUUAGAAACGAAUAAUUGAAUAAUAAAAUGUUUAUUUAC